AAAAGUUUAGUAAAGCUGGCAGAGGCCUAGAGCUGUACGGCCACAGAUAAACUAUUGAUAGCACAAGUUUGACAAGACUUUUUAGGGCUCGUCUUUCUCUGAGGUCAAUCUUGAUAGAAUUUCCUGUUAGGAAGAGGACUUUGCUGCUGCCUGAACUGAGCUUGAAAAACACACUGACUUACUUCCUUAUUCAAGCGUGGAGCCUAAUUUGAUGUUAUGGCGCCUAGAUCUCACAAGCCUACUAUGUCAAUGAAAACAGCAACAUCUUUCUUUCAGAAAUUCCACUUAUGUACAGAAAUGAAGGAGAGUGAGCCGGAAGAGCUAAUGUGAUCUUACCUGCCUCUGUCAUAAACUGUACGGGGAAUAAAACUGAUAAUGAGUCCCGAAGGAGAACAGAAUCCGGGGACAGGACUGAGAGACGUCCUUGACAUACUAGUAAAAACACCUCCGGAACGACUGCAAAGCCUGACAUUCCAGCUGGGUGAGUCUCCUGAAAAUAAAAUCAUACACGCCUUGUGUCUGAUCGUUCUCCAGAGACAGGCACAGGCUCUGGAAAAACUCCAGACUGUGAGGGAAAACCACCUCGCUAACCAUCUGGCCGAAAAGUGGCAGCUGAGCGGAGGUAAAUUAGAAGAUUUCUGCGCCCAUUGUGGGGAUUUUAAAGAGCUCACAGGAGAAUCUUUGGCGGCCUUGGCUCGCAUUUUUAAAGUUUUGUCGGAGCAGAGGCUGUGUGGUCAUCAUCAGAGAAAUCUAGCAUAUAAGAGAGCCGUUUCCAGUGAUGACAGAAAAACAAGCACUAAUGGCGAUCUGGAGUAUUUUCAGCUCAGAGAGGAAGCUAAACAGGUCUGCGGCCCUGAGGUGGCAGAGUGGAUGUGCGCCUCAACAGAUCUCAAGUCAGGGCCUUGCAGUGAUCCUCUCAGAAGUCAAAGUGAAGCAAACACAGCUUUAAAAGUGAGUCUCUCUCAGAGUCAGUCAGAGAGACUGCAAAAUAUCCCCAGCCCACUGCAGGCAAGCUGCUCCAUGCCUUCUUACCCCACUCACCUUGAGAUAAGUUUACCUCCAACCGCCUCCUUCCAAGAUGACAAAAGAACUCCUGAAACACCAAAGGAAUGUAAAACAAACACUCCUGCCUGCUUUGAUGGCGAAGCUGAGGCAGGAAAUGCCCCUGAAAAACCUGGGGAGCUGAGAUCAGUUGAACCUUCUGAGUCUACAGAAAGCAGAAAGUUAGACAGUCACAUCCAUCCGACUCCAAACCAACCCACCAAACCAACCACAGAACCUAAAUCUGAUCUACCUGCUGCAACAAACAUCUUCCUGCCCAAGAUGGAAGUUGCAAAUGAAAUGCAAAGAAGUGAUAGUUUAGAAGAGGAAGAAGAGGAAAUCUUUUAUGCGUUUGUUAUCCUGCAUGCACCAGAAGAUGCCGAUAUGGCUGACAGCAUGAGGGAAAAACUGGAAAAACUCAUCGGUUCUAAUGGCGCAAUUUUCUGCGAGGACUUCGACAUCCCUGGGAAGAGCGCUCUGCGCUGCGUGGAGGACGCCAUCAACAACUCAGCCUUCACUCUCCUCCUGCUCACACGUAACUUCAACACCCUCAGGCAGGAGGUGGAAGCAGACUCGGCCCUCAUCAACUCCAUCACCAAGAAACACAAAUACAACACAGUGAUACCUGUGCUGCCUCUGAAGAACCGCAUGCCCAGAGAGGACAUGCAUUUAGUCCUGCGCACAAAAUCCCUGCUUGAGGAGGAUAAACACUUUGAGAAAAGAGCACGAAAGGCGAUGACUCUAUCAACAAUAAAAAGGCAAAAGAAGAUGUGGACUGAGGAGCAGACACUGAAAAUGCAGAAGAAGAAACAGGAGAGACUAAAACAAUCAAAUGAGCACCAGAAACAGCUGCUCAAGGAGAGCAAAGCUGCAGAGUUGUUAGAGAAAGAGAACCUCGGCCUUUUACUUGCACAGAAACUUCUUCUCAAUCCAAGUCUGCCUCAAGAGCAGGGUGAUGCCGGGCAUCAGACUCAGAAGCAGCCAAAUAUUCACAUUGAAAAUGCAAAGUACAUCAUGAUUGGUAAUGACUCUCGAAUGACUGUGGGUCUGCCUGGAGGUGAGGACAAAGAUGAUUCUAUUUACAGAGAGGAGGAGGGGGAAUAAACAUGGACUGUUUAUUUGUAGAAAUUAGAGAAACUGUCAUUUUUUGGGAACACUACAAUGAAACUGCUUUUAAAACCACUGUGAGGAUUUUACUGCUGAUUCUGUUAUUGUAUAAAACUAGUAAAAUUAAU